UUAGUUUAUGAUUCAUCUUUCCGUGCGUCUGGUAUGUACUUUACGAGUGCUUAAGCUUUACUCGAUUUUUCUUAAUAUUUUUAGAACGUAUUGUUUCACAAGUGCAUUUGUAUUCGUUAAAUUCGACCGUUUGUUCGUCGAAGUUAAUGUAAUCAAUUGAAUGUGACUGAUAUUGCAGUGUCUCGACGAUUAAAAAGUGACAUAAAUCUAUGGUUUGAGCGUUCCGACAGUAGCGAGGGAGAGGAGAGGAAGAGAGAUGUGUUGGUGGAUGAAUUACUACAAUUUGCUUAAUAGCUAAUAGACUCAAUUCCUUUAUUUUUUUAAUUUGCCGCAACUUCAGCCUCUGUAAACAUGGAUCCGUAGAACCGUAUUUAAAAGACAGAUAUACAAUGAUGUGGAUUAUGUAUAUAGAAAUAACCCAGAUGUGAAGGCUAAGCGCGAAUUUCGGACCUUGCGCACCAAAGUCCGGCGCUUUAGCCACUUCUCAAACACCGUGCGUCUAUAUAGACUUCAAAUUUCUGGUAUGCUUUUACGAUCCAUUCAUGAUGUCCGCAUAUGCGACCAUACUGCCAUAUCUCAUCCUAGGAUUGUUAGGUCCUACAUUAGGGCACGAUGUCAAAGGAUCUUCAGUUUGCGAAUUUUAUAAUGAAACAAUGUGUACAGAAUCCCAACAAGAAUGUUCAGGAAGAGAAGAAUGUGGACCACAUGAUCCAGGCAAAAGAAAUCAUUGUUAUGUAUUAUGGCAAAUUGACAAUGCUACUAAAAAAUCUAUAAUUAAGUUAAAGGGGUGCUUUUUGGAUAGUAAUGAUUGUUAUGAUAGACCACACUGCAUUGAAAACAGUGCAGAAAGGAAACAAGAAUUAUUUUUUUGUUGUUGCGAUGGAAAUAUGUGUAAUCAGAAUUUUACAUGGGAUCCUCAUCCAACUUCUUCUUCCAAACCUGGUAUACAAGAUCCAGAACCUGUUCCAAAUACAGAGCAACAAAUAAUAACACUCGUUUUAUCAAUAUCAAUACCUAUGCUUCUUCUUGCUAUUGUUCUGCCAUUUUUGUAUUGGUGUUAUCGGCGGAGGAAGUUGAGAUAUUUCAACGAGGUUCCAACAUUAGAACCUCUUCCAUUACCACAACCAUCUCCUAAUUUGGGAUUGCGUCCAAUACAGCUUUUAGAGAUUAAAGCUCGCGGUCGUUUUGGAGCAGUGUGGAAGGCACAAUUGAAAAAUGAAAUUGUUGCUGUAAAAGUAUUUCCUAUACAAGACAAACAAUCUUGGCAAACUGAACAAGAGAUUUUCAAACUGGCACAUAUGGACCAUGAAGAUAUAUUACGUUUCAUAGGUGUUGAAAAAAGAGGGGAUAAUUUACAAACUGAAUUCUGGUUAAUCACUGCAUACCAUGAAAAAGGUUCAUUAUGUGAUUAUUUGAAAGCAAAUGUUGUUACAUGGCCUGAAAUGUGUAGAAUAGCAGAAUCUAUGGCAAGAGGCUUGAUGCACUUACAUGAGGAAAUUCCAGCCAAUAAAGCAGAUGGCUAUAAACCUGCUGUGGCUCAUAGGGAUUUCAAGUCAAAAAAUGUAUUGCUAAAAUCUGAUAUGAGUGCCUGUAUAGCAGAUUUUGGUUUAGCACUAAUAUUUCAUCCUGGAAAACCCUGCGGCGAUACCCACGGGCAGGUUGGAACGAGAAGGUAUAUGGCUCCAGAAGUUUUAGAAGGAGCAAUUAAUUUCACCAGAGAUUCAUUUUUACGAAUCGAUAUGUACGCUUGUGGUCUGGUGCUUUGGGAAUUAGCUUCUCGAUGCACUGUACAGGAUGGACCAAUAGGAGAAUAUAGAUUACCAUUUGAGGAUGAAGUCGGUCUUCAUCCCACUUUAGAAGAUAUGCAAGAAAGUGUUGUGCAUAAAAAAGAAAGGCCGAUCAUUUUAGAAACGUGGCGUAAACAUCACGGUCUUCAAUCAAUUUGUGAUACAAUGGAAGAGUGUUGGGAUCAUGAUGCUGAAGCACGUCUUUCAGCUUCUUGUGUAAUGGAAAGAGUUGCUACAUUGAGUAGGACGCUUGUUUUAAAUUCGUCGACGUUAAUACGAGUUGAUAAUACCAACGAGACUAUCACCACUAAGGAAUCUAGUAUGUAGUUAAUCCUAUGUGUAUUAUAGCUUUAGUGAAAUUGCACAACCAUUUGCUGUAUCAUAAUUUUUACGUAUACAUCAAUGAGGAAUGUUCAAAUAGUACACACCAUUUUGUGAUAAUUAUUCUAUUUUUAAUUUUUUUAUUUCUAUUAUAGAGUAAGAUAUCAGAUCGAGUUAUUUUUAAAGGAACGAUUUUUUUAAAAUUGUUAUUUAUCAAACGUUAUUAUUAGGGAAAUAAAUUAUUCAUUCAUUUAAUUAUAUAACCACAUUGCACUUUUAAAAGUUUUGCAAUAAGAAUCCAUAACGUGUGAAGACAAAGUUUCCUACUUUCUUUUUUGUUUUCAGAAAUGUGUUUCGAUGAGAAAUUAUUAUGUAUACAGUAUUAAUGAUGAUUAACAACAAUUUUGAGAUUCAUAUGAAUAGUACUUUCUUUAAACAUAGAGCAGUUACAUUCCUCAUUGAUGUUGAUAACUAUGCAAUGAUUGUUCUGAGAUGACAAAGUGAAUACUAGCCAAGUGAAAUUUAAUGAAUAAUUUUUAUCUAUAAAAUCGUAUUGUACGUGAAUUGUUACAAAGAAGAUGCCUCAACAAUUUUAUACAAAGUACCUGGUAGAAACAGUCAAGUUAACUGAUUGGAAGCCAUGGGGAAUUUAUUAGGGUUUCUGCAUGAAAUUAACAAGUUAAUAUGGUUAUUUUGCAUUUUAUACAACAUUUAAGGUGAUUACCUUAUUUUUAAAAAUAAAAUUUUUUUCAUGAACAUGUUUUCAUAACAAAAAAAUUGAUUCUCUUUUGAAAGCUCAAUCAAUUGACAUGCAAUUCGUAUUAAAAUGGUUUGGUUUAUAUACGUAUAUGAUCUGGUAAAUAUGAUAACUAGUUUUAUAAUUUAGAAUAUAUAAUAUAUAUUAUAAACAAUCAAAAUUAAUGCUAUUUUCAUGUUCAUGGAUUAAAUUUUAUUAAGCAAAAUGAAAGUCUUCCUUUAUAUGUUUUGCUUCAUUUAUGUUAGGUUUUUUAUAAUAGCACACGAUUGUAUAAAAAAUUCUCUAAUUACACGUGUAAUCUAGUUUCGAAAUGAAUCUUACAUCCACUGUGUGUACAGUGAAGUGUUAAAUACAUAACUGUCACGUGCUACUUAUAUUGUUGCGUCGAUGAGAAUCACGGCGAGACAUUUUUAUUACAACUGGAUCCUGAAGACACAUUCGCGUCAACGCAACAAUAUUAUUGAAGAUAUUUAAAAAAACGGAGCAUCUUGCUUGAACCAAUAUAUUACAGCACAGAUAAUAGAUAUUACCAUGAUAUUUUCAUUGUGCUCGUUCAGUAUGAUAUGCCUCAUUUUGAUAGUUUCUUGAAUGUUACAAUUUUUGUUUUUUAUUUAAUAACAUAUACACCAAACGGAUUGAAUGAAAUUGAUAUUUUUUAAUAAAGUUUUCUACAAGCUGUAUAGAAUAUUAUGUUACUCUUUCUUAGAAUGAAAAUGUCAUAUAAAAAUGAACAUUGAGACAAUACUCCUAAAGGUUUACAAUUCUUUAUACAUUUUAGAUGUCCUUUCAAUUUGAUUACAUUAGAAAUUCUAUAAUUAGACUGAAUACAUUUAAGAAACGUACAAAAUAAUUUCAAGUUUCUUUUUUUAAACAAUGGCCAUUCAAGAUGCACGUUUAAAGUAUUGUUCGUUUAAAUUAUAGUUUUAGUAAAUAAUUUCUUUUACUUGCUCUGAAUCCUUCUCAUUAAACUAAGAAAUAAGUUUGAUUCCAUUUAAAAAUAAAUUGCAUUAUCAAUCAAACUUAUAGAAUAACGAAACAUUCUUCAUAAAUAGUUAAGCCAAUGAAUUUUACAAAAUUAAAUUAGUUUGUCGCAUUGAAGGUCGCAUAAUUGUUCUACAAGCUGUGAUAAUAAAUAUGUGGAUUAAGUAUCAUAAACAACAUAAAUAAGGCCUAACUGUAUUUCAAAUGUUGCCCAUACUUCAUGAUCAUGAUUUAUCAGAGCAAGUAAAAGAUGAACAAAUUGUUUUAUCUCUGAUACCAGGCUUUAGCAGUGCCAAAAGACUAAUACUAUAUGCACACACUGCAGCUUCAUCUUUGUAUAUUGAUUUUUAGCUAUGUAAGAGACACUGAAAUCGGUAGUAUAUACUAAUCAAUCUUUAAUGUAUGAUGUUAUAAAUAGUAUAACGUGGUGACACGAUUGCCCCUCCGUUACAUUGCCAAGCUUCGCCUAACUUUACCCUAGCAAAAUGCGCCUCGUACCUACAUACACCCCCUCCCUUCCACCCUUACCCUAUCACCCCAAAAUUCCGGGGUGCGCGGAACGCACCCGUUACUAUAUUUCCAAUUUACAAUCGUUAUGCCAAAAGAGGCUAAUAAUUAGGGAGACUCGCCGAUUUCGGUUCCCUCGCUAUGGUAAGGAUGGAAGAGAUGGGUAUGUGUGUAAGUAUGGGGUGCAUUUUACUAGGGCAAAGCCAGGCGAAGCUUGGCGAUGUAACAGAUGAAGCAAUCAUGUCACCACGUUACAAUAAAAAAUUAAUCCAUAAUUGAUUACAUAGUAUUAUUUUUAUUUUAUAAAAUCAAAGAUCUUUACGUAUACUAUUUGUCACUGCAAUGCAAUAUAGUUAUAACAAUGUUGAAUAAUUAGAGAAUUAUAGAGUACAGAGUUUAUUUAAUAGUUACUUUUAUGCUGUCACAUAUUUAAGUCACUCAUUUUACAAUCAAUUAUGGAUUAAUUAUGAAACUAUUUAGAAUUUAACAAAUUUUUGGACUUUUACAUAUCGAAAAGCAGAGAACUGCAUUAUUUAAAAGAAGUUUCAAUUAAACAAUUUUUUAUUUCAUGUAUGCUGUAUAUGCGGGACAAUUUGUUUGUAAAAAUUGUGUAAUAGUAAUACUUUAAUCUCAUCAUUGCUAAAACUUGUUAUAUAGUUACACGAUUCAAUAGAAAUUUUUGUAUAAAAAUUGAAGAAGCAAUGCAUUUAAUAUAAGGAAAUCAGUCUAUCAAGGUAAGACUAAAGUGAAAUGUUUAUUUAUGAUAAAAAAAAAUGUUUUCAAUUUUAUGCUUACAAAUUUAAGAGAAUGCAAUGGUGAGGUAAUAUUUUAAAACAUCGUGUAAAUAGAUAGACAUACAAAUCAUAGGCGUGCAUACAAUGUAUCAUGUUACACCGCUUAUCAUUUACUCAACUGAAUCAUAUCCCAUGAAUAUAUACAGAAGUUAGGUUUUAAUAUUGACAGUACCACAAUGGCAUUCCAGUCACAUAUAAUAUACUGUAUACUAAUGUAAAUCAAUAUUGUAAUUUCUAACUUUUAGGGUAUAGAAAUUCUUAUUAGUAUCAUUAAUGUAAACUAAGAGGUAAUUUUAUAAUUUCUUUCAAUUUGAGUUAUAUUUUCUCGUAACUUCAAAUUGUAUAAAUAUUUUGAUUAAUAAUUUUGGUUUUAUUGAAAAAGUAUUGAAUUUUAUAUACAAUUUUUUAUAUGAAUUGUGAGAAUAGUGUACUCGUUGAAAGCCUGUAUUUAAGAAAUUUUGAAUUUUGCUAAAUAAUUAUAUUUGUAUUUGCGUAACGUAAAAUAUCUGUUAACAUCAUAUUUGUAAAUAUAACGAGCAUCUUUUGUAAUUUAGCGUUAAAGUAUCAAAAUAUUUCCGAUACCGUAAUCAGUUUCAUAUCAUACGUGACAUACAUGUCAUUUAAUCGCAUUGUCUGUUUCUGGUACUGUUGUUGUUACUACUGAUAUACGAUUUUGAACAACUCAUUACACGGUAAAUUUUUGUAAAACUUUGUUUAUUAUGUAUUUCGCUUGUAUCACAUUGUAUCAUAACAGACUAAUGAGGCAUGUCUCGUAUCUGCAUCUGGUCUGAAAUAAGAAAACUGUAAAUAAGAUUUGAGCGAAAUCUUAUCAUACCUUAGAUGUAAGAUCAUUAAAAAAAAACAAAGUAAUUUCUUAAUUAUCAGUUAAAAAGUAAUAUAAUUCAUAGCAAUAGAAUGUUCCUACACAUAUUGGAUGUAACUGUUUUUAAAAUCAUAUUACUUAGCAACAAAUUUUUGCAAUGAUAGCUUGAUGCAAUUUUUAUAUCACACCAAUGUGGAAAACGUUACUUUCACACUUAAUAUUAAUAAAAUCCAUUAAUUAUGGAACAUCAUCUUUUUCAUAGCAUUGUAUAAAAGGAAUGUUGGUUAUAGAAAAAGUUCCUCAGAAUAUGAAACGAUCAUGGUAUCGAUUAUAGACAUUAAUAUUAUAGAAGAGGGAAUAAAGAAAAAAAGAAUAAGAUCGGUGCUUGGAAAAAGAUACUAUAACAUUUUGUAAUCUAAGCAUGUAGAUAAUUUCGUUUUUGUUUUAUUAAUUAGGAGUGAUAAAUGAUCUUUUAUCAUACUAAUUACAACUGUUUUAUAACAGUUUAUUUUGUCAAUAAUGUAAUAUAUAACAUAAUCUGCAUAGUUAAAGGCACAUAAAGUAAUAAACAUUGUAGUAAGCGA